AUGAAAGCCAAUAAUCUAUCUCGCCGGAAGUUUCAUGUCCUCGGUAAGAAGCGUAAAGUUAAAAAAGCCUACAUUAGUCUCUCACGAUCUCGUGCUGUUGAUAAGACGAGUAACACGCUUCUACAGAGCUUCAAAUCUUUGGGUUUCAUGGAUAAGCGUGUUGGAGAACAGAACGAUGAGAUUGGAGAACUCGUCAAGGAAGGUGAGGAAUCAACAAAGAAGAGUAAAGGUGAAGAACGCCCGUUGAUCUUUCACGAUCUCCUGCUGUUGAAAAGAGGAGGAAAAUGCGUCUUUCAUGCUUAA